AUGAGGGACCAACAAUUCCCUAAGUUCUUUGAAAUCAUCAGGAAACUUGAGAUCAACAUUCCAUUAGCUGAGGCUUUGGAACAGAUGCCAUUGUAUGCAAAGUUUCUUAAAGAACUUAUCACCAAAAAGAGAAGCUGGCAUGAGAAAGAGAUUGUGAUCCUAACUCAAGAAUGCGGUGCAAUCAUUCAAAAGGGGCUUCCACCAAAACUCAAAGAUCCAGGAAGCUUCCUUAUACAAUGUACUAUUGGAAAUAUGGCAAUUGAUAAAGCAUUAUGUGACUUGGGAGCAAGCAUUAAUCUAAUGCCUCUUGUCAUGAUGAAGAAAUUGAUGAUAGAGGAGAUACCCAAUGGAGUAGUGGAGAAUCUGUUAGUAAAAGUUGGAGAGUUCAUUUUCCCAGCUGUCUUUGUGAUCCUAGACAUGGAUGAGGAAAGAAGUAACUCAAUCAUUCUUGGAAGACCUUUCUUAGCCACAGCUAGGGCGAUCAUUGAUGUUGAAAAGGGUGAAAUUGUUCUCAGGAUGCAUGAUGAGCAAAUGGUUCUCAAUGUUUUCAAGGCAAUGCAAUACCCCGCUGAGAAAGAAAAUUAUAUGAGGAUUGAUAUGGUGGAUAAUUUAGUUGAAGAAGCACUUGAAGCAAGCCAAUAUGAAGUACAUGAAGAGGAAGCUCAAGACAUUCAAGCGGAAGAUUCAAUGGAGACACAAGCACUUGAAAAUUCAAGUGUAGUUAAGGAAGAAGGGCACCAAAGCAAGAGUUGA